AUGGUCAUGAAGCGUGCUAUUCCAGAAGCAUUCUGGAGCAUUAUGUCCGAUAAGGUGACUACGGCUAAGGGUUUCCUUGAAGAUCUUGAAAAGAGUCAAUUCAAGGAAGAGGAGAGACUGAAGCAUGAGAAGACAGAAAGUGCUCAUUUGGCCACCGCCUCUAAGGACAAAAGGAACAAGAAAAGGAAGAUUAAUAAGGAAGCUGCGGGUACGGCACUGCAAAAGAAACAAUAUAAGGAACCAACUGAAGGUAAAAUCAUGGACGAUGGUGAAGACAAGGAUGACGAUGCUUUGGAGCCAUCUGAGAAUGAAAAUGUGACAGAGUCGAUGAAUGAAGUGGAAGGUGAAACCUCAAGGGGAGAUGGCAUAAUUAUACCCGAGGUGGGAAUGUUGUUCAAAACUGAACAAGAUAUGUAUGAUUUCUAUAAGAGAUACGCUUACACAGUGGGUUUUCCAAUUAGGAAAAGGAAUUCAAAAAAAGGGGACGAUGGAGUUUUGAGAUUCAUGACGUUGACAUGUAGUCGCGAAGGUGGAAAAGUUGGUAAUAGUAGCGGUUCUUUAAAGCCGCAACCAACAGUGAAGAUGGGUUGUAAAGCAAGGAUAUCUGCAUCUUGCGAUUAUCUGGGAAACUGGAGAAUUAACGCAGUAAACCUUGACUACAAUCAUGACACGAGUCCCUCAAAAUCUAGGUUAUAUCGAUGUAAUAGACAAUUGAGUGCAGCUAUGAAACGGAAGCUUGAGGUGAAUGAUUUGGCAGGAAUUAGGUUGCAUAAAAGUUACAACUCAGUAGUUGUAGAAGCAGGUGGGUAUGAAAACUUGACUUGUACUGAAAAGGAUUGUCAAAAUUAUGUAGAACAAGUACGGAGAUUACGACUUGGAGAAGGAGAUGCCGUAGCAAUUCAAUCUUACUUUUCCAAGAUGCAAGCUCAGUGCUCGGGAUUUUACUAUAGUAUUGAUUUGGAUGACGAGCCAAGACUGAGAAAUGUAUUUUGGGCCGAUAAUCGGUGUAGGCAAGCGUAUAAGGAGUUCGGCGAUGUUGUUUCGUUUGAUACCACUUAUCUUACAAAUAAGUAUGAUAUGCCGUUCGCCCCUUUUGCUGGGGUAAAUCACCACGGACAAACGACGCUACUUGGUUGUGGUCUAAUAUCAAAUGAGGACACAUCUACUUUUGUAUGGUUAUUCAGGACAUGGCUUGAAUGCAUAAACAAUCGAGCUCCGCAAGGUAUCAUUACCAAUCAAGAUAAGGCAAUGCAAAAUGCAAUUGAGAUUGUUUUUCCCAAUACAGGACAUAGAUGGUGUCUGUGGCACAUUUUGAAAAAGUUGUCGGAGAAGUUUGGCUACCACGAGGAUAAGCAUUCGAUAUUUGGGGCUAUACACAGAUUGGUAUAUGAUUCGUAG